CAAGAUAAUGAGAACCAAAACGAAGAUUAUGAUCUUGAUAAUGAAAUAGAAAACAAUACAUUGCUUGAUAAGCUUGAUAAAGGAAGUGAUAAAAUAUUACCAGAUGAGCCACAAUAUAACAGAAUUGAUACUAAAGGCCCUAACCGAUUACUUGCUCAACUUAAAGAUACUUGGGAAGUUGAUUGUAAUACCAUUGAGCAAUGGAAUGAAAAAUUAAAUGAGCUUGGCAUCUCAUAUGCUACUCUUCAACUUAUAUUUCAAUUUAAACUUCCUUCAAAUUUACAAACUGCUACUUCAAUCUUUUUUUCUGAACAAUCUAAUCAACUUGCAAUUGGGUUAUCAAAAAAAGUUAUUGAAAACAUUAAAAUAGAAUACAAUUUUGAUAAGCUAAAGAUAGUAAUUUUAAAACCUGACCCAGUACUGAAUUCUAAUAAUAAUGCAUAUAAGACAUGCAAUAUGUUUUUAAAUGAUAUAGCAAAUACAAGAGUUACUACAAUCGAUAUUGCAUGUGACAAAGCUAUAUUUCAAAGACUCAAAAAUUAUGAUAAUCAAAAUCUUAUCACUAAUAUCAUUCUCGGACAGUGGUAUACUUCAAAAGAUAUAUGUCAAGCCUUAAUUGCAGCCUUUUCUAGAUAUAGAAUUUUUAAUAUAGCAGCCCAUCUUGGUAUUCAAUAUUUAGAAAAUUUAGAAAAAAGAUUUGAUUAUCAUGUGACUUGUACUGUUCUUGAAUUAAUCUGGGCAGCUGUCAGAAUUGCAAUUCAUCGUUAUCUGCAAAAUACAAAAAAAACUAUUAAUGAUAUUGAAAAUAGUUCUAAUAAUAUUUUAAAAGUUUGGUUAAAUUAUUAUCAAUAUGCAGAAUUGGUUACUAUUUUUUUAGAAAAAUUGUAUAAAAACUCUCAACUUCAGAAAAUAUUAUAUCAAGUACCAUCUAUUAAUAUUACAUGUAAAGAAUAUUAUUUAGUAUAUGAUGAAGUAUUAGAAACAUAUAGUGUCAAGUUUGUUAAACAAGUAAUAACAGGAAGAUCUAGAAAUGAAAAAAACUUACAUCGACAAAUACAAGGAAGCCAAGAUGAAAUCGAUCGAUUAACAGUCUUUGAUAAAUUUAUUGAUCAAAUAAUAGAUAUUGAAAACCAUGCUACACCAAAUCAACAUAAACAAUUAUAG